UUGAGAGAAGAGGUAACAUCGAGACUGGCAGGGUCAUCGCUGCAGCUCAGCUGACAGAAGGACACUUUACGGUCCUGGGUACAGUUCCAUCAUCAACCUGCAAAGAUGUCUCAGGAAGUUGACUGGCUACACAGCCAGGCAGGCCUUUGUAAAGUAGACUUAUACAAACCUGAAGGACAGACGGACCAGGACCGUAAAGUGAUCGCUUUUGUUGACAUCUCCAGCCUGAAUUUAAAAGACAACGAUCCAAAAGCAAAGAAAGCUGCAAGCCAGUCCAGCAGCAUCUCUGACCAUUCAAAUGAACUUGAUCUAGUAAAUAUGGAGGAAAAGGAGGUCAUUGUAAUAAAAGACAAUGAAAAACAAGAUCAUUCUAAGACUGAAGGAGCAAUUUGUCUUUUUAAACAAGGUUCAACUGAUGAACUUAGCAUUAUGAGCUGGCUCAACAAUGACCUUCAGAAAUAUGCAGUUGGAUUCCAGCAUGCACUGGCUCCUUCAGACAAUCCACAGAAACACAAAGGUAGUGACAACUUCAAAAAUACACCACUGUACCAGAACAAUGACACAUCAUUAAAGUGUGCUGGCACUCAAAAAGGAAACAAGGGAGACACUGAUGAUGUUUCAUACUAUGUAAAUAAACUCUGUUCCUUGGUUGCUCAAAUGGCAAGUAAGGAGAUCACAGACAAACUGGAAGGAACUGCCCAAAACUGUAUACAUCAAGCAAUUCAUGGAUCCACUCAUGAAGGGAAAAAUAAUAUCUAUGGCUCUGCGAGCAAAAUUGCAACACAGAUGGUGAAUGAAGCUGUUGAAGCAAGCACACAAGAUGCUUGUGGUAAGCUUCCAUCUCCCAAGGCAUUUCAAGAGAGGACUACUAAGGGAGAAGAUAAUUCAGGCUGCAAGAAAACAUCACUUUUCUAUGGCGAGAUGUCCAAUCAAAAGGGCUGCAAACAAGGAGAAAAACCUUCAGAUAAGCAAAUGUAUCAGCAAGCCAAAAACUCCAGGCAAGAUGAUUCUGGUACUUCUGUCAGCAAAGGGCUAAUGGUUUAUGCACACCAGGUUGCUUCAGAUAUGAUGUUCUCAUUCUUGAAGAGCACGAAAGUCCAAAAAGAUGGGAAACAUACACUUCCAGCUUGUGUAAUUUUGAAGAAAGUACUCCUCAAACAUACCAGGGAUGUUAUAUCAGACUUAAUAGACUCAAUAAUGAAAAAUCUGCAUAAUGUUACAGGUGAGCUCAUGACAAACUCUGAUUUUGUUGCUACAGUGAAGAAAAAUCUAUUCAAUGUAGCGAGCCAGAAAUCUACUGAAAUUUUGGAAGCAAUGGUGAAACGCCUUUUUCAAAUCCUAGCAGAAGAUAAAGGACAAUCCAGGUCUCAAAGUCUAGCAUUUACAUCACUUAAAUCAGGGUCCCAGGACCCAAAAUCUCAAGCCAUGCAGUUUACAGCAAUGAAAAGUGAAAUGCAUAGCUCUGGAAAAGACAAGGAAAAAGGAGGAAACAAAUCCCAAUCGUCUUCAUGCAAGCCUUCAGAAAAGCACUGCUCAACGGAUAAGUACGCAAAAGACCUCAUUGUGACUGCCUUAAUGCUGAUACAACAACAUCUAUUGCAACAGACAAACAAUGGCAAGGACUCUAGUGAGUCAGGUGCCACUUCAUUUGGGUAUGCUUCUCGGGAUUCACAUUUCGAAAAAGCUGGGAACAGCCAAAGUUCCAAGUCCCUUGCAGAGACUUCUGGGUCAAGGCCAGCAGGGACAAGGGACGAUUACCAACAGCAGCUCAACUCCCAAAAGGGAGACAUAUCAAGUAUCCUCUUGUCCAUCAUACAGAAGGUCUUGUGUGAAGCUGGAUUCAAUACAGAAAACAGUUCCAGUGAAACAAAUAAGAGCUUAAAGCAUGCUCCUGCCAAUGAAUGCGAGUCCAGCAAACAGGCUGUUGCCAAGCAGCCCAAUUCAGCCAUGGAGCGGUUUGACAAUAUGGAUCAGGUCAACAAGCAAUUUAUUGACCAACUGGUGGAAUCUGCAAUGAAGCUGUCUCUCUUCAUGGUCAAAGGCAGUGGUGCCGACUUAGCUAUAGGUGACUCAUCAGAGGACCCCAAUGCAUUUGGUGCCUCAUCUGCAAAAGCUCAAGCAACAUCCAGGGGAACUUCACAAUCAAAACAGAAUGGAAACCCACUUACAGGUUCAUCCUCAGGUUUUCAAGUGAUAGUGACCAGCCAGAAUGCCAACAGCAGUUCACAAAACAAAGAGCUUCAGGCUAUCCUCCAGUGGAUGGCUGCUUCCCAGUUGAAUUUGCCAAAUCUGUCAUUCAUGCAUGGAAAUGAGGAGGAUCUGAAGAAGCUUCCUUUGCUAGCCGAAAAAGCAUCCAAGAAAGGCUACAGCGUGGGGGAUAUUCUCCAGGAAGUCAUGAGGUACCUUGAAAAACAACAGUUUGAUGCCACUGUGGGAAACAUAACUCGUUGUGGGCUGAUGGAUUGGAUGCUUAAUAACCUCUAAGGAAGUGCUGACUGCCUCUUCCUCUCAAGUCACUUUGACCCAGCCAAAGUACCCAAGCCAGAUCUCUGCUGGCACAACAAACACAUGAUUGCAAAUGAAAGCUCUGCAUUGAAUUCAAUAGGCUGGGCAAGAUCAUCAAUUAAAAAAAAAA